AUGUUUAACAAAAGUUCAGUGAUACGGAGGAAGAGGAAAUCUAUGUCUUUGGAUAUGAAAAUGGAAAUUUUAAAUCAGUUUGAAAAAGGAGAAAAACCUUCAUCAAUUGCUAAGUCAUAUGGAAUAAACGAAUCCACUGUCAGGACAAUAAAAAAUAUGAGGAAAAGUAUUGAAAGCAAAAAUAUGGAGAAGGCAUUGGUGAUCUGGAUUCAGGACAAUAUUCAAAAGAAAAUACCCAUGAGCAGUUAUAUGAUAAGACAAAAAGGUGUGAGUAUUUUUAACAGUUUAAAAAAGCAAGGUUUAGCUUUAGCAUCUGAUAAAAAGGAAACAGAUUUUUCUGGCAGUAAAGGCUGGUUUGAGAAAUUUAAAAAAAGAUAUUCAUUGCACAACCUUAAAUUCAAAGGCAAGGCUAUAUUCAAUGUUGAUGAGGCUGCUCUAUUUUGGAAGAAGAACCCUGGCAAAACUUUUGUGACAAAAAGUAUAAAAAGUGUUAGUGAAUUUAAGGUAAAUGAAGAUCGUGUGACAUUGUUGCUUUGUAGUAACGCAUCAGGAGAGCAAUUGAUGAAACCUUUGGUUAUAAAUGGAGCCCUUCGGCCACAAGCAUUAAAAGAAAUAGACAUUAAUGAUCCUCCCAUUCAUUGGAUGACAAAUAAAAAGGCAUGGGUGACUACUAAUGUUUUUCGGGAUUGGUUUUACAACUAUUUUAUUCAAGAAACUGAAAAUUAUAUGAAGAAAAAAGGCUUUCCUUUUAAAAUACGUUUAUUAUUGGAUAAUGCACCAGGUCGUCCAUCUGCUGAAAGUGGCAGUGAAUGUGGGGAACCAGUUUCACUCACCGCAGAAAAUAUUAAUAAAGUUCUUCAACUGGCCACAAAAUUGGAAAGUACUGCUCUAGAUAUUGAUCCAAACAUUCAACGAGUCUUAAAAUUUCAACAAGAUUUAAAAAAAUGUUGCAGCGAAUAUCAGGCAAUUUACGACAACCUAGCAAAAGAUAAGUUAUUGACAAAUUCAUUUAAAAAUAUAAACAAUAAUAAUGCAAAUGAAGUAAGACUUGCAAAUAUUUUAAGCGAUGAAGAUGAAGUGACUGAGCCAAUGAACAAGAGAAGGUCGAUUGCUUUGAAUUACAGUACAGAUUCUGACACCGAAUAA